AUGAGGAACGGUAAUAGAUCAUCAUAUUUCUCCGGAUUGUUUUCAUUUUCUUAUCGUGAGCACUUCGUCGCGUUUGUUAAUGAUCGAGGCAAAACCUUAAAGGUCGAGGUUCGUGAUCAGUGUAGUGACGAGGAGUGGCGCGGUAGUUUUUCUCCGCAUUAUAUUGAAGAACUUACAAAGAAAACGGGCAAUUUCAAGCGCUUUAGUGUCUUUCUUACAAUGCUCCAUUCUGUGUUAUGUCAGCGAACAAAAUCACUGAGCAUCGAUUUCGUCAGUUAUGACGAUCUAGAAAACUUUCAAAAAUUGAGGCUGAAGCGAAAUAGUCUCGGAUUUUCUACCGGUAAAGAGAAUCCGGUCAACCGUCGUUACCUCAUUUUGACUUAUAUUUCUGAUUUCGAUAGAACAUUUUACCCCCUACCCCUUACAUAUUUUGGCGUCGUAGACAAAGAAGCACUCUUUAAAAAGAUUCACAGACUGCGCGACGCUUGUUUCAAUAAGUGUAACUACAAGGGAAUUGUCGGAAGUUGUAGCUCGUCCUUUGAUGAUGGUGAAUACAAGAAUAGAAUCGCUGUUUUAGAGAGUGAGAGAGACAAUGCUCUUGCUGAGCUGAAUCGCCUCAGAUCUAUUCUUCAUAUUCUCCAUGGUAAAGAUAAUCAUGAAUUAGGGAAUGUCUCAUCUGCACGAAAUUGUUCAUCUCACAGCGCAAACAGACCAAAUAUAUCUCCAAAAAUAAUGUCCUCCUCAAUGGGUUAUCCACUAAAUCGGCGCUCGUCAUCAAUAUCAACGUCUUCACACAACUCCGGGGGCCGUUUGCAUCAGAGUGUGGUUGCAGGACCUGCUAGUCGUGUGGGCAGCAUGACUAAUAAUUCGGAGCGGUCAUUGUUGCGUGGUGGACGCUCGUGCGGCUCCUCUCAUUCUCUUUCCACCUCGAGAUCUCACCAGUGUUACCAACAGCCUCGUAUGUCUUCGAAUUCUCCAAGGAAACUCAGUCGAUCAUGCUCACUUUACUCGAGUAGAUGCAGGCGUUUUGAUCCCACCGCGUACGUUCAUGAGCAACGCAGGAAACAACAAGAAGUGAAGCAGAAAAGAAAACUCGAAGAAAUCUCUCGUCUUUCACACCAAUCUGCCUCUCCUGCUUUUCGCAUCCAAUCGCGUUUUCCAGCUGCCCAUUGCGAUGUGACCCUGGACACGCACACUCUACAGCAGCGUCGUCUACUGCUUUUGAAGCAAUACCUCAACAAGUCGGCCACAGUCGUAGCAUCCUGUGGGUGGGAUAGGUUGACUUCAGCUGAAAGUGACUUCCAUGGUCUGAGCGACUACAAUCCCCAGCAUGCUUGUCGGUCAAGGGAGAAAAGGAUUCCCCUCCCCUCUAAUGAUACCCAUCUCAACCGCGAGCUCAAUGACUUGAACCGAAGAUUGGACAACCUGCAGGGCUAUCUCAGUAACUACUUUUCGCAUCUCCCUGUCUAG